UCAGUGGGCGUGCCUCACGCAUGGCGGAAGAGCAGGUGUAACUCAACCGAGUAGCAACAUCACAACCGCCGUUAUUUCCAGAACAGUGGUGAAGGCUCUUACCGUGGCGGUGGCGGCUCCUCACGGGCCUGUUUAUCGACACAUUUACUCUCAGAGGAGACGCAGCUUUUAAGUUUGUCCCCUUUUCAUUUGGUCGUUGUUCUGUCGGGGCCGUCGGCAUGACUCUGAACCAGAACCACUCGGAGUCCGGCGGAGUCAUCAUCAACAACAGCGAAAGUGUGUUGAUGAACUAUGAUAACGUGGAGCUGGUUUUCUGUGAUGUGGAACGUCUGCCUGAAGCCUUCAGGAAGAGCAAGAAGGGCAGCAUCUAUUUAACUCCAUACAGGAUGAUCUUCCUGGCCAAAGGCCGUGAUGCUCUGCAGUCGUUCAUGAUGCCCUUCUACCUGAUGAAGGGCUGCGAGGUGAAGCAGCCUGUACUGGGAGCCAAUUACAUCAAAGCCACCAUCAGUGCAGAGGCUGGAGGCGGCUGGGAGGGCAGUGCCACUUUCAAGCUCGUCUUUGGUGCUGGAGGAGCCAUAGAGUUUGGCCAGUACAUGCUGACGGUUGCAGCUCAGGCAUCCAGAGGUCAGCCAGUGACUCCUGGGUUUGGUGGAUGCCCCUACAUGGCCAACGGAGCCUACGCCUACCCUCCUCCUCCGUCCGCUAAUGGGAUGUACCCAGCUGCUCCUCCGCCUGGCUACUCCUACCCCAACCCUCCUCCUCCAGGUGGAUUCUACCCAAGCCCUCCCGCAUUUGACGCCUCCGCCUCCUACAUCCCUCCACCUCCAUACUCAGCUCCUCUGGGUCAGCAGCCCCCACAUGAUCCAGACCUUCCUUCCUCUGCAGCAGCGGAGGCCAAAGCGGCCGAAGCAGCAGCGAGUGCCAGCGGUGCCACACUGCCCCCUACACACGUGUAUCUGCCACAUGACAAACCUCCUCCUUACUCUCCUCCAGAGGACAAGAAGAACCAGUAGAUGAGCUCCUUGUCGCCCUCUUUCCUCUCUUCUCUCCUGCUUCCUCGAUCCAAUUAGAUCAUAUUGUUUCUCAUUCCAUCAACUGCUCUUCUUCAAUUUCCUUUAUUCUUUAACAUCAUUGCUGCUUUCCCGUCAUCCCUUUUCCUUUUACCUUAAUUCCAUCCUUUCCCCCCUACAUCUCAGUGAGAACCUUUCACAUUCCUUUUAAUGAUUUGAAUAUGUUAAUCGGCUUCUUUCCCCUCUUUAGAAGCACCUUAAUGUGAUGGAAAUUUGAAGUAUUAGCUGUAGAAGGUUGCUGAGGACACAGUGGGUCCAGAUUUUGGGACUUUUAGAUGCUGUAGUUGAGGGAAAACUUUGUAAUCUGAAUAAUUUAGCAUUUAUUGCCUUGCAAGUGUCCCAAAAAUAAUACGCUUACCUUAAAACGUUAGUUUCAGCAGUGCCACGAAGCUCACUGUAAAUUUUUUAUGACCGUUUAUGGAAACCAAACUGAAUCUAUAAUAAUGUUAAUUGCGUCGCUAAGGUAACAAGAGACCAGCUGAAUGCCAGUCUUUUAUUUUUCUAUCAUUUGUGUGUACAGGCUUUUAAUAAAAAAAAAAUACUUUAAAAAUGAGAUAUUUUCUCAAGAACACUAAACAUAGAAGAAAGACAGCGUUUCUCCACGACACGAGUGAAGAGAUUACAGCAGCAUAGAUCCUCAGCAGUGACGCCCUGAUCCUGGAUUAGGGAUUAUUUACAAUGUUCAGGAGCAGAGCAGUCAUCAUUCAGUGAUGUCACUACACAUCCUCUUUUGUCACGUCUCAGAACGUUCCAGAAAAAAAAAAAAGG